UAAGUGGCUUCCACACAUCUUUUGUUGUGACAGUAUAUUAAUUCUGUUAUCUGCCCCUCUCAAGUGUUGCAAACAUGGAGAAUCUCUUCCAGAUCCCAUACGACAUCGUUUUGAUUGUCGUCGCUCUUGUCUUCUCAAUUAUAUGGUACAUCAAACCCAAACGGCCGGCGAGAAGUCCGCCGUUGCCGCCGGGACCUCUCGGUCUGCCGAUCGUCGGAAAUCUCCCGUUCCUCAAACCGGAUCUCCACAUAUACUUUGAGGGUCUUGCCCGAAAACACGGCCCGGUUUUCAAACUCCGGCUCGGAGCCAAAUUCGUGGUCGUGGUCACAUCCCCGGAGGUGAUGAGUGAGAUUAUGAAGACCCAUGACGUUGCUUUCGCGAACCAUGAUGUCACCGCCACGGGACUCAUCGCCACAUACGGUGGUGCGGAUAUAGGAUGGAACCCAUACGGACCAGAGUGGCGCAUGCUGAGGAAAGUGUGCGUGAACAAGUUGCUGAGUAACGCCGUGUUGGAUUCCUACUAUGGCCUCCGCCGUCGGGAGAGCCGACAGACAAUCAGGUACUUGGCUGGUCGGGCUCGGACCGGGUCGUCGGUAGACCUCGGAGAGCAGAUAUUCGUGAUGUUGUUUAACGUCAUAACACAGAUGUUAUGGGGUGCUACGAUUGCCAGCGAGGAGAGAGAGAAAAUUGUAACCGAGUUCAAAGAGUUGACGUCCAGGAUCGUCCAUCUGAUAGGUCGGCCGAAUAUUUCGGAUUAUUUUCCCAUUUUAAGCCGAUUUGAUCUGCAAGGUUUGGCUAAACAGAUGCAUGGACUGUUCCUACAACUUGACCAACUCUUUGAUCGGAUAAUCGAUCAACGACGGGGAGUUAAGAACGGCAGCGAGGAUUUCUUGCAAUUCUUGUUGAAGUUGAAGGAUGAAGAUGAAACCACACCUUUGUCCAUCACCCAUGUGAAGGCCUUGCUCAUGGACAUGGUGCUCGGCGGUUCGGAGACAUCCUCGAGCACGAUGGAGUUUGCAAUGGCCGAACUUAUAACCAAACCUGAGUUGAUGAAAAGGGUUCAACGAGAACUAGACGGAGUUGUGGGUAAAGACAACAUCGUAGAAGAAUCUCACAUCGCCAAACUUCCUUACUUACUUGCCGUCAUGAAAGAAACCCUGAGGCUCCACCCGGUCGGUCCACUCCUAAUCCCUCGACGGCCGAGUGAAACCUCCAUCGUCGCCGGCUACACCAUCCCGAAAGAUUCAACGGUAUUUUUCAACAUGUGGGCAAUCCAAAGAGAUCCAAGUUUGUGGGAGAAUCCAUUGGAAUUCGAUCCUGAUAGAUUUCUUAGUAAGUUCUACGACUUCAGGGGAAGUGAUACGAGUUAUCUACCGUUCGGGUUUGGCCGAAGAACAUGUGCUGGGAUAGCCGUGGCAGAGAAGAUGAUAUUGUACAAUCUUGCAACGCUUUUGCAUACAUUUGAUUGGAAGGUUCCAGAAGGAAAACGAGUGGAGGUUGAAGAGCAGUAUGGGAUGGCGUUGAGGUUGAAGAAUCCAAUUGUGGCCAUACCCAUACCAAGAUUGUCGAAUCCAGAUCUUUAUCUAUAAAUGUGAAAUAUAUAAAAGUGUGCGAUUCUCUAAAUAAAAUUAUCUUCGUCUC